AUGGAGAUGAAAGCCGCUACGCCGGCAGCAUCUGCAGGGAGGGGAAAGAACGGGAAGAAGAGGCAGAAGACGCGCUCGGCAGCGCCCGAUGAGCCGUUGCCGAAGCCAGGUUGCCCGCCCCACUGCCGCUUCCGCCUCUACUAUGCCCUUUUCAUCGACUACGCCGCCGCUGUCGUGGGUGCCACCCAAGAGACUCCCAAUCUCGAAAUCGCUGUAGCGCAAUCAUCGCACACGGCGGAAGAUGAGAAUGAGAAUGGAGGCGCGCGAGUAGAGGUCGAAGAAGAAGAGGAGGGAGGAAUGUGGGGCUGGGCGGCGGAGGCGGGCGAAGAGCUGCACAGGAGUGGAAGCUACGGCAAGGGGACGCUCUCCCGCAGCCAGCCCACGUUCGGGCGGAGCCGACCACCAACCGCGGCAGCUCGUCACCAACCGGUGCAGGCGGAGGGCGAGGACAAUCGGGCCAAGCGCGAGCGUGCUGGUUUCCACCGAAAGCGCGAUCAGCCCGCUGCUCGGCCUCACAAAAGACAGCGAUUCGAGGCGACCGAAACGGUCCCACCCGAUGAGCUGGCAGUUGGUCGUGUGCCAGCGCCACCAGGUGACCGUGGUGCCCUACAAUGGCCUGACGCCGCGGAAGACCGGUCGCGGGGCCAGCAUCGAGGCUGGUGGGACCUAUCGACCACAUGCCCCUACCUGCAGAUGGACGAGGACGAACGAGAGCUGCUCAAGCUGGCCCGAACGCGUCAUGACGUGGCAUCGGCCGAUUCUGACGCCUUGCUAGACGAACCCGCCGCCGUCGCUCGUAUGCUGCGCGGGGCAGGCUUUCUGGGCCGGUCGGCCGAGGCCAGCGACGCGCAAGCGGCGGCGGCGACGGCGACGGAGGAAGAAGGAGCGGUGAUGACGAUGGCGGAGACGUCGUCUCCACUAGAGAAUGGCGAGUUCCUGCAGUUGGGGCUGGAGGAGACGUUCUACUUGAUCGCCGAGUUGCGUUGUCUCAAGGUGAUACGCAUCGAUCGAGCCCAACCACCGCAGCCAAGCGCACAGGCGUGGCGAUUCAUGGGCGUGGACGAGUGUUGGUCGGCGUUUUGUGCUGCACAGGGCGGCUUUGCCUACACCUACGCCGCCUACCGACACUAUCGGCAACACAACUGGGUGGUAAAAUCAGGCAUCAAGUACGGCACGGACUUCGUGCUCUACCGAAGAGGACCCGCCCACUACCACGCCGAGUGGAGCGUGGUGGUGCAGGCCUCGGGCGAGGGCGUGGUGUGCGGCCAAUGGAGCGCUGGCGGCCGGCAGCUCUCCUGGCGCAACCUCGCCACCCUCAACCGCCUCUCCGAACAGGUCGCCAAGGGGCUGCUGCUGUGCAGUGUGGAGCCAGCGGGCGAGGGCUCCUCCCAGGGCUGGGCGACGAGCGCCGGCUGGCCCGUUCACCAAGCCGUCUACCGCCGGUGGGUGCCCGCCGUCAGCCGAGAGUAA